UCAGCCAACAGGAGGAGAAUAAGAGUCACUCUACACCAAUCAGCAUCCAGAGUUUGGACCUAGAGGUGUGUCUAAGAAACAAUAUCAGGAAACUACUUGAACACAACUCAGACUGAAGCGGAGUGAACCCAAACAAACAGAAAGAGGAAGUGCUGCUGGUGUCCUGUGUUUCUCAGUGCAGCUGAAUAAAGGAAGUGUAACGUGUGUCUCCAGUGGCCAUGGACAAACCGGUGUGUUUGAUUGACACUGCGUCUGACGGGAAGCUGUGUGUGCAGCAGUCAGCGUUGCAGGUUCUGGAGCAGAUCCAGCAGCCCGUGGUGGUGGUGGCCGUGGUGGGUCUCUACCGCACCGGGAAGUCCUACCUGAUGAACCGACUGGCCGGGAAACAAACAGGGUUUGCUCUGGGCAGCACCAUCGAGUCCAAGACCAAGGGCAUCUGGAUGUGGUGUGUGCCUCACCCUACUAAAGCAGAAACUACUCUGGUGCUGCUGGACACCGAGGGACUCGGGGACGUGGACAAGGGGGACUCAAAGCAUGACACAAACAUCUUCUGUCUGGCUGUGUUACUGAGCAGCACUCUGGUCUACAACAGUCGAGGGACCAUUGACAAUAGGGCUGUAGAGGAGCUGCAAUACGUCACUGAACUAACAGAGUGCAUCAAGGUCAAAUCAUCAGACGAGGAUGUUGAUGACUCAAAUGAGUUUGUAAAGUUCUUCCCUAGUUUCAUCUGGACAGAGGACUUCACCCUAGAGCGAAAGAUUGAUGGCAAAGAUGCAACAGAAAAUGAUUAUCUUGAGUUUGCUCUGAAGCUGAAACAUGGAACAGCAAGAAAAGUGAUGGAGUACAACUUUCCCAGGGAGUGCAUUAAAAAAUUCUUCCCCUCCAGGACGUGCUUCACGUUCCCGUUUCCAACCGCCCCAGAGAACGUGGCUCGUCUGGAGAGACUGGAUCCUGCUGACCUUUCCGCAGAGUUCCUGGAGGUUACAGGACGCUUCUGCAAGUUUGUCUUUGAUAAGACUGAAGUGAAGAAGCUGAAAGAUGGAUACACUGUCACUGGCAGAGUUCUGGGCCAUCUAGCUAAAACAUACACAGACACCAUCGCCAGUGGAGCUGUGCCGUGUCUGGAGAAUGCUGUGAUUGCCAUGGCACUGAUCGAGAAUCAAGCUGCGCUGAAGGAAGGUCUGGAGGUGUACCACACUGGGAUGGAGAAGCUGAAGAAGUCCUUCCCUCUGGAGCUGAAGGAGGUUUCAUCAGAACACCAGCGUCUCAGCAGCAUGGCCACACAAACCUUCAUGGCUCGCUCUUUCAGGGACACUGACGGGAAGCACCUGAAAUCUCUAGAGGAAAAAGUUAAUAAACUCUUUGACGAAUACCUGUGCCAAAAUGAGCAAGCUUCAACGAAAAGAUGCGAGGAUAUCCUGUCAUCAUUCUCUGCAAUAAUGAAUGAAAAACUCAAAAAGGGCGUCUAUGCUAAAUCUGGUGGCUAUGAUCUCUUCUGCAAGGAUCUAGAGGAGACUGUGAAGAAAUACAACAGCCAGACCAGUAAAGAAGUCAAGGCUGAAGCAGUCUUAGAGCUGUUUCUGAAACAGAAGUCUGUGGACUCUAAAGCUAUCCUGCAGGCCGACAAAAAACUGACUGAGAAGGAAAAAAAGAUUAAAGAGGAAACAGAGAAAGCCAUACUCCUGGAGCAGGAAAUCAAAGUGAAAGAGGAACAGCAGCGACAGCUAGAGGAGAAGAUGGAAACAGAGAAGAGGAGUAAUGAAGAGAGGAUGAGACAGAUGAAGGAGAAGAUGGAUGAGGAGAUGAAGCUUCAGAGAGAGGAGGCCGAGAGGGCCAUGGACUGCAAACUGAAGGAGCAGGCCGCUCUGCUGGAGAAGGGCUUUCAGGACAAGGCUGACAGGAUGAAAGAGGAGAUGGAAGAGUUCAAGAGACAGAGUACUGAAGCUGAGAGUAACAGAGCUCGAGAGUUUGCAGAGCUGAUAGAAAACUCCAACAAGAGACACGAGGAGUCUAUGGCUACUAUGAUGAAGCAGCACCGAGAGCAGAUGUCAGCUUUACAGAGGCAGAUGAGCUCACGUCCUCCUCCUUGUUGCAUCUUGUGAAAUGCAUUGAAGCAUGUAACUGUAUGAAUUUACCUAUUGUAAAAUGAUUCUGUACCUCUAAAUAUAACGACAUUAAAAGCAUUGUUUCCAUAUAUAGUUAAAUUACAAAUAAAAUGAGGGCUAUCUGUAUUCAGCCAAAUAAUUGACCCUUCACAAAGACCUGGCUCUUUUGUUGUGACCUGUCACUGUAGCGUCUCAGAUCAAGCAGCAUGAGAAUCUUUUCAUUACUUCUUACACAAAAUAAACAUGAAUGAAAAUCA